UGGACGCCGAUUACAGUUCGAUCGAGCUCUUUGAAUUGAGACGGUGUACGACUUGCGCUUCUUGCGUACUGCACAUUGCAUUAGUCGCUCUUGGUCGGCGCAGCUUGCAGGUCUUGCUAUAGCGCUGAAAGCUCUUCUUGCCGCUACAAACAGUGUGACACAGUUUAUUCAAGAUACAUAUUUUGGUGAAUUUUUUUUUUUUUCUCUUCCGUUAUCCAGUAUCGUCGAUCGCGUUGGAAAAAUCUCACUCGAACUCGGUGUGUGAUUUGCGAUCGGUUCGUCCUCGUUUGGACAGUGCAAGCCCUCGUUUGCUUGGAAAACAAAAAAAAUAAUUUUUUUUCGUUCAGUUUUGAAUAUUACGUUGAAAUUACAUUGUGCUGGUGGACGCAAGGAAAUAUCGUCGUUGAUCCUGGAAUAUUUGGUCGGCGAGUAUAUAAGCCGACGAUCGCGCGUUGGCGCUGCUUCUUUCGCCCGAGGAUCGUAUGACCGAGUGACCGGCAAAAGUGGAUCGCAAGACUUUACCGGCUUCCUUUCUACAGGAACCUUUCAAAAUUGAUGUUCUGAGAAAACAAAUAAUGGUGGCAGAGUUCAUCGCCCGGCAGAGUGGAUCGCCCAUAAAUGGUGAGACGGCGUGUUUGAACAGUAGCGCGAUGCCGGCAUCCCACACGAUGGCCCACGCCGGCCACGGCCACGAGGCCCAUGGCCCCAUGCAGCCCAUGGGACACCCGUCCCACCAUCAAGGCCCCAUAACCAUCCACCACCCCCAGCCCCAGCACCUACACCACCAACAGCACCAGCAACAACAACAGCAACACCAGCAACACCAACAACAGCAACAGCAGCAGCAGCAGCAGCAGCAGCAGCAUCAGCAGCAAUCGUUGGGCAGUGGGGACAGUUACCCGAUAGUGAACAAUUGUAGCAACAGCAACGGUAGCAACGCGAGCAGCAACGGCAGCACCAGCGGCCGGGACUACGCGAGCGAGCAGUUGCGCAAGGAGUUGUUCUCGCAGCGCAAGCAGCGCGAGUUCAUCCCCGACAACAAGAAGGACGACAGUUACUGGGACAGGCGCAGGCGAAACAACGAGGCGGCCAAACGGUCGCGCGAGAAGCGGCGCUUCAACGACAUGGUCCUCGAGCAACGGGUCAUGGAGCUCACCAAGGAGAACCACAUCCUCAAGACCCAGUUGGACGCCAUCCGCGAAAAGUACGGCAUCUGCGGCGAGUCGGUCAUAAGCGCCGAGCAAGUACUCGCCGUCAUGCCAACCGAGCCCACCCUCGUCAAGCGCGCCAAGCUCCAAUCCUCCACGGCCCUCCUCUACGCCCGCACCCCCAGUCCACCCGUCCACGCCUCAGUCAUCCACCAGACCAUCAGCAGCGCCAGCUCCGCGGCCAACGCACCCAGGGCCCGCUCGCCCCGCUCACCCGCCCAGCUCUACGCCCCCGAGACCACCGCCUACCCCGAGACCGAGAGCUUCCAGUACCCCCCGUUCACCCACCCCGCCAUCGGCCACGGCUUCGACACCUCGAGCGCCCUCAACCUGUCGUCCCGCGCCGCCCGGCGCGCCCAAUCUCCCUUCGAGCUCUCCUCGGGCAGUGGCGACGAGAGCGUCCAGAUGGCCGGCAGCCCCACCGCGGCCCUCAUCGUCAGCGCCGCCGCUGCGGCCGUCGCCGCGGUCAGCGUCAACGGGAACAGCCUGCCCCACAAGCUGAGGCACAAGUCGCGCAUCCAGGACAAGGACGCGAGCGCGGCCAGCGCCCUACUGGCCCUCCAGGGUAUCAAGCAGGAGCCGGCGCCGAGGGCGUCGCCACGGGCCUCGCCGCCCUGGGACAACGAGUCGGGCUCGAGCGACGAGCGGGACUCGGGGAUCUCGUUGGGGGCAGAGUGGACAGGCCCGAGCGGGGUGGUGGUCGUGGGCACGCCAGAGAGCGAGCGGGAGGUGAAGAGCCGGCUGGACCGUUUGGCCAGCGAGGUGGCGACCCUGCAGAGUAUGCUGCGUCAGAGCAAGGCGGCCGGUGAGGUCGGGGGUAACGGGGGCGGCUCGGGCGCGCCGUGAGGUGGUCAGCGUUGGGUCAGCGCCCGCCGACGGAGAGACAUCAGACGGGGGAGCACCGAGUCGUGGUUGGCUCGGCUGGCCCCGGCAGUUGGGGUGGAGGCGUACGGCGGUGGUCCGGAGUAGUCGGGGUGCAUCCAAAGACAGAGUGGCCUUCCACGUGGUGCAAACUGCCGAUACGACGGAUCGUUCACGCCUGCUUCCUAUACAAAUCUACGUACAUGUAUAUUCACGUGGCGGGGCUCUCGGGCUUGGUACAGUGGAAUCCCGCGCUUCACCUCUUAUACGCGUACGCAUAUAUUAUAUACACAUACCCAUGUGGCGACGACGCGAAGAGUGGGGCAGGACAAUUUUGCUAAAUAUUAUUCUGUGAUAAGGAUUCCAGCGCCUCGCUUCGGCCCGGGACUAGCUCCUUCACUUUUUGUAUAAAUUAUUGUUAACAUUUCUAUUACUACUACUACUAUUGCUAUUGCUAUCAUUACAUAUGGAUACAUAUA